ACGGCCAUUAAUUGACCCCUCAUUUGUUCCUUCUGCGUCAAUCAGAUUCUAAUCAGUCUCAUCUUUUUGUUGUUUGCAUUGCACAAACUGCCAACGCUGUGCCCCAUGCUUGACCUGCUCCUUUUAAUUCGCUAUCUCCUUUGUUGCCGUUCAUUUUACAGAUUCGCUGCCAUUGCCUUCUAUCCUUCAAAUGGAAAAUCACUGCGUUCUUCUUGUCACUCUUCUAUGUCUUCCUCUGCUAUCUCACGGCGGACCAGUGAUAGCCUUGAAAACUCAAGACGGAUCAGAGGAAUGGGGAUACGUACAAGUCAGACCCAAAGCCCACAUGUUCUGGUGGCUUUACAGAAGUCCAUAUAGAGUUGAAGAUCCCUCCAAGCCAUGGCCGAUCAUCCUCUGGUUGCAGGGGGGACCUGGUGCUUCAGGAGUUGGUAUUGGAAAUUUCGAGGAGGUUGGGCCGUUGGACGCUAAUUUGGAGCCCCGGAAUUCCACUUGGUUGAGAAAAGCAGAUCUCCUGUUUGUGGACAAUCCAGUUGGAACAGGAUAUAGUUACGUGGAGGAUCAAAAGUUAUUCGUUAAAACAGAUGAUGAAGCAGCCACUGACUUGACUACAUUGUUGAUCGAGGUAUUCAAUGAGACUAAAAGCCUUCAACGCAGUCCUCUGUACAUCGUAGCAGAGUCUUAUGGUGGGAAAUUCGCUGUUACUCUUGCACUAUCCGCACUAAUGGCCAUUGAAGCCAAGACAUUGAAGCUUAUCCUUGGAGGAGUGGCAUUAGGAGACAGUUGGAUCUCCCCUGAAGAUUUUGUGUUCUCGUGGGGUCCUCUUCUGAAAGAUGUCUCUCGCCUUGACGAUAACGGCAUGCAAAAAUCAAAUAGUAUAGCUCAGAAGAUCAAGCAGCAGCUAGAGGAUGGCCAAUUCGUUGAUGCAACUAACUCGUGGAGUGAACUUGAGUCCGUCAUUAGCUCUAGCAGCAACAAUGUGGACUUUUACAAUUUUCUGUUGGAUUCGGGAAGUGAUUCAGCAACAUUAUUAGCAAUGAAGUUGGGAUUAUCGAGAGAAAUAGCAAUGGGCCAGUACUCCAAGUAUCUUACCUUAAGGAGGGCAUCUCCGGGUGGGGAUGCUGAUCUUGACACCUUACUAAAUGGUGUCAUAAAGAAGAAGUUGAAAAUAAUUCCUGAGAAUGUCACAUGGGGAGGGCAAUCUGGUGAUGUUUUCACAUACCUGGAAGGCGAUUUUAUGAAGCCAAGAAUUAAUGAGGUAGAUGAGUUGCUAGCCAAGGGAGUCAAUGUGACUGUGUACAACGGACAAGUUGACCUCAUUUGUGCCACUAAGGGGACUGAAGCAUGGCUCAGGAAACUCAAGUGGGAAGGGCUUCAAAAUUUCAUGAACAAAGACAGAACACCUCUUUACUGUGGAAAUAACAAAAGUACUAAAGGCUUUCUCAAGUCAUACAAAAACUUGUCCUUUUAUUGGAUCCUUGGUGCCGGCCAUUUUGUAAAUACCUUUUCCUUUUCCUUAAAAAAGUGAAAAGUUAAUUAACGAAAGCGUGGGGGAUGGAUCCCAAAAUGACUCUCUGGGGGGGCCAAAAUAAUAAAUCAUAUAAUUGUGGAGGCGCAAAGGUUAGUUUUAGCAUUUUUUUUCAAGUAAAAAUGAAACAAUUUUUUGAAAAAAAAAAAAUUGUGCCCCUGCUUGCCCCACUGUGAAUCCGUCACUUACUCCAAUACAUUUACAUUAAUGAAGAUCAUGAUAGGAUUACACGCUCUAAGCAUCCAAGCAUAUGCUGUCAAACUUGGAUACCCUAAAAAAUUCAGAAUGAAGCCAUGGCGGAAAUGGGGUGUGAUGCUGCUAUGAAAAGCCAAACACCUGCAGAUCCCAUGAUUUCGUUUUAUGAUAUCGGUUAAGAGCUUCCUGAGAUUCCACUUAGUUGUGGACUGCAUGGCCAAAUUUUCUUCUCCAAUGCUGCGUGUCCUUAGAGAAUCAGAAAAUGAAGUGUCAAUGUUUGUUCUCGGUUUUGUCUUACUAUUUGUUUGCUGGCUU